UUUGAUGCGUGCACUGGAAAUAGCUUAUCGCAUAUCUUCGAUAACUUGUAAAUGCGAUAAUAAAAUGUUUGCUAUGGAAACAUGGCAAUAGUAAAAAAAACUAAAAUUUGAUUUGUGCAACAACAAAAAAAAUAUAAAAGAAGAAACGCUCGAAGCAGGUCCGCCAGCGACCACACAAAAAAGAUUUAGUGAUGGCGGUGCAUGGGCAUGCCGAGCUCAAGGAUAUGCAGAUUUUUGAGCUUCGUCCGCUUAUUACGAAUUUCAGCUGUAAGCUCUCCACCGUCACAGUCACACCGUUCGAUGAAAAGCAGUUCCUGUGCCUGGUCAGCGAGGAAAAUGAAAUCGUGCUUCGUUAUAUCAGCGCCAGCGGUGGCCAGGAGGUGCUCAAGAUGAUCUCCUGGUUCCGACGCACCAAUCGUGUCAUACACGAUGUCUGCUUCGAUCCUGCUGGCAUUUGGCUACUCGUUCUCUGUUUCGACAAUACGCUGCAUAUUGUUCCUGCCCUGUCUCUGGUCGAUAAGUCCCACGACUUGGCCAGCUGUUCACUGUAUAGCACCACACAGGUGACGUCCUAUAUAAUACCAUUUGUUGGCCCCCACGAAUGCCCCAACUCGAAGAAAUGUCCCAAUUAUUCGACGGCGCAGAGUGAAAGUCAGGAGCAUCAAUGGAACUUGGAUCAGGUUGCUGACCAAUUGCAGCACGUUAAGCUGGACAAAGAGGCUGAAAAUGUGGACGAUGAAGAGCCCUUGGGACAUGAGCUCCCAGAGCAUUUGUUAGUAAAUGCCGAUUCCAUGGAUAUGCCCGGAGAGUCUGUCCAAGUACAAGCUCCGCCUUUUGAUGCAACGGGCAAUAGCCAGGUUAUGGCCACCUCAUUCAUGGCAUCCAAGACAUGUCCGUAUCCGCUGUCAGUGGUGUGGUGGAAAACGUAUUAUGGGUUGAAUCGAGCCAUCAUUGGCUACUCGGAUGGCUCGAUUUGCUUCGUGGGCCUCAGUCCGAAUUGCCCAAUGAUUGCCAGUACAGCCAUUCAGACUGGUUCCGUGGUGCGUUUGACUAUAUGCAAAGACAACACUUUCGAUGGAGUCAUGCUGCUGAUCACAUCCUCUGUAAAGGCACAGUUCAAGUUGCUGCUAGAGCAGAAGGCCAUAAAGUAUGUCUAUCCUGGUGAUAGUUCGCCGACGACUCGCGAGGGUGCGUGGCAGAUUGUGAUGUCUGUGCACGGAAAGAAUCAAAGCGGACCUAGCUAUGAUGUCAGGCAAAGCAACAGCUCUGAUCCGGCCUCGGAUAGCAGCCAAUUAGAAGAGGAUGUUUUUGCCCCACCCGCCAGCGAAGAGAUUGCUCCAAGCUCACAAACAGUUCCGCCUUCCACCUGCGUAGUUGAGUCCAAUGUGGUGAUGGUCAACGAAGAAUCCGCAAUGCCGUCAUCGUCGUCACCACCACCGCCACCAUCCUUUGCUGAGAGCACCAGCGUUCGUUUUCAACAGCAACAAAUUGGCGUGAAUAGCUUCGAUGGCUUUUUGCCAGCCACCCGGGCACGCCUGGCUUCGCUCAAAAGUCUCGGGUCCAAGAAAUUGCAGGCCAUCAAAAUGCGAUUAUCCGAUCAGCGGCAGAAAAUAGAUGAAUUCAUGCCGGAGGCAAACAUGGGCACAUUUGCUAUUAUGGACUCGCCAUCGGUUACGCCGGAGCCUCUGGGGAAUACGAACGGCUCGUUUUAUAACAUACAGAAUCUGCGUAGCACUUAUCUGUUAAGCGCCUUGCAUAGCACCAACUGCAGCCUGACGGUGCAUCGAAUUGAUAUUAACCUGAAGCCACUGUUCAUAUAUAAGAUACCCCAGCACUGUGUAGAUAUCCUGAUUAGCUCGAACAUACUGUAUGGCAUACAAUAUGUGGAUCUGCAUCAGCGCAGUGAAUCGGGCGCUUCGACGGCGGCAUCAUCGCUCGAAGAGCCGCUGAUGGCGAACACCGAGAAGGAGAGUCUAGAUGCCGACACCGAGAAGCUGGAGCAGACGAAUAAGAGCGACGAGACAAGCGCGACAAGCACAAGUAAUGCAUCGAGCAUCGAUCAAAGCGAUAUGCCCACCAAUGCCAUCAAUGCGGUUAGCGUGAUCAGCAGUGCAAUGGCCUCGCUGCACACCGCCGAAGAUGAUCGCUUCAAUCAGCAGGCGCAGCUGGCGCUAUUUCGCUUUGAGCAGGAGACUGUGUUGCAGCUUUAUCAAAUGGCGCAAUUUCGGAGUCUGGGUGGCAACAACAACAAUGCCGAAUCUCUGUCAAAGGAGGAGAAGGCAAAGGCAUUCGAGAUCAAGGACAUCCAUACCCCAAUGGACUACGUGCAGUUCUAUGAAUCGGCGGAUAGCAGUAAUGAAUAUUCGUUGCGGCAAAUGGAGAUAAUGCAGGCCGAGUUCCCCAAGAUCAACUAUGAUCCUUGCUAUGUCAUAACCAACAAGAAUGUCUAUACCAUACAGCUGAAAAAGGAGCCAUUUGAAUUGUUUUUGGAUGCUGCGCUGAUGAGCGAAUGGAAUCAGUGCCGCGAGUUUUGCAACACAUUUGAUCUAACCUUCGAGCAUUGCAUUGAGUUUGCCGGCGAUUAUUUGUUGCGUCGCAAAAAGGUUACCCAGGCCUUGAUCACGUACAAUGUGGCGCGCGUUAAGCCCAUACGAACGGCCCUCAAGCUGGCCAUGUAUGGACAUACGUAUGCGCUGAUGCAGUUGAGCGCCAUGGCCCUGAAGUCAUCUUAUAUAUUGCGAUCGACCUACUUGUCCCAUCCGUUGCUGAAGGACAUUCAAUCGGAUAUCACAUAUCGGCAUUCGGAGGAUGUGCGCGACAUCUUGCAGGCGAAGGUGAAAGAUGAGAACGUUGUGGAGAAUACUGGAGCUUCGUGCAGCGAUUAUCAUUAUGGUGUUGAUGAGUCCAUAAGUGCAUUACAAAUGUCGCCCUCAUCCCAGUUUCAUUUGGCCAAUUUGCUGUUGAUCACGCUGGCCGAGAAGGCAGUCAACGAUAAGAACUAUCUACCUUUGUGGAACUUUUUGGUCACCAACACAAAGUAUCAUACCAACAUGACCAGCAUUGUACUCUGCCAGAGCGGUCUCUUUUCGGCCGCGAUUAUUUUGGCAAAGGUGCGCGGCGUCUGCUUGGACACCUUCAAUGCGUUGGUCAGUGUUGUUGCCCAGGAGUUUGGCUGGUAUAACGAGCUCAACGUCUGCCUGUACAACCUUAGCGAGAAUAUAUUUAUGGAGACAAUCACAUACUUGCCGCACGUGUCAAUGGAUUACUUUACCUUCAUACAGGACAAGCUGGAGCAUAUUAGGCCCUGUGUAUUGCAGCGUCUUGCCAUGCAGCUAAAUCCUUUUGCGCCCGCGCUGCGUCCAAUCGUUUCGCACAGCAGCAGCUCAAGCAACAAUGACAAUAAUGAACACAUAUUUGAGUUCAGCAAAUGCCUAAUCGAAACCUAUUUGGCUGUGCUCACACAUAUGGAAGCGCAACGUGUCAAGCACGACUCUAUUGUAAAUGCUUUGUCAAACUUUCGCAUCAGCUAUGAGGACAAUCAGUUUGCCAUCGAAUCGUCACGUUUCAAGCCCAUCUCGGCUGGCUGUGCCUAUUGCGCCUGCGUUGUGGAUGGUGUGGCCUAUUUCUGGGGCUCGAGCGGCGUGCCCUGCUGCUAUAGCGCCCAGAAAUCAACAGAACCACCGGAACCUGCACAUGCGGUGAAGACAUUGGAGCUGCUCUCGCAACUCGAUUUGGAGGUGCAUGCGGUCAAGUGUGGACGCCAGCAUACACUCAUACUCACCAAUAAUGGACUCUACGCCAUUGGCAAUAAUAAUCUCUGCCAACUGGGCGUAGGACAGCACAUGCAAAUGGCCUUGCAGCCUAUGUUGGUAACAGCCUUGGAUGGCAUGAAUAUCACCAUGCUGGAGGCGGGUCAAUAUCAUAAUGCAGCCGUUGCUGAUGGCAAGCUCUAUAUGUGGGGCUGGGGCAUCUACGGCCAACUGGGCAACGGCAGCUGUGAGAACGUGCCAACGCCCACACUAGUCAGUUUCUUUAAGUACAAGAAAAUACUACAAAUUUCUCUGGGGCAUGCGCACAGUUUGGUGCUCUGCCAAGCAUCCCCAAACAACUGUACAGAGGCUAAUAGCAGUGGCAACGAGCUCUAUGUGUUUGGCUCCAAUCAUUUUGGGCAGCUGGGCACUGGCAAUGCCGACCAGAAUCAGGACACCAAGACGAGUGUGCCAUUGCGCUUGGAACUCGGCAACGACUGCGGCUUAAGACUGAUACAUACGAAAUUUUUUACAAAUCUAGCUGUAGAUGAACAGGAACGCAUGUAUACCUGGGGCAGUUCACCCCAGGCAUUGCGGUUGGCCAAUCAAAUAAGGCGUCGCGCCAAUGCCAAGCAGAAGCUGGAGGAGAAUCAACAGCGUGAGCUGCUGAGUAAGCGACUGGAGGAGACGCUGCUGCCAGCGCCUAGCAACAACAGCGUGUUGGUGGAGCCGAGCACAUCGUAUGCAGCUGUUGUGGCAGGCGCCAUACCCAAGUCCAGUGAAGAAACCAAAGAGUCCGCCCAGGAUGAGGCUUUGCCAUCUGAUGAUACGGAAAAUAUCUCAGUGAUCAAUAAUAUUGCAGAGCCAAUGCCGGCAGCAUCUGCCAACGUAAAUGCGCAACCCGUCUUUCCCGAGAUAGAUCCGACGGAGCACUUGAAGCCACAUCUAGUUGAUACCAGCGAGGUAGCUGGGAAAAUAUUACAGAUCUCCAGCGGCUUGUUUCACUUUGCAUUGAUAUCGUCUUCGUGCACGCUUUACACGUGGGGGAAGAAUCUGGAGCAUCAGCUCGGCACCGAGGACAAAGAUCGGCGAGCCGUCCUCAAACCAUCGCCCAUCGACAGCAUCGAGAGGCCAAUGUAUGUGGAUUGCGGCGCUGAUUUCACCCUAGUCAUGACCACCGAUCACAUUGUGAAGGCCUUUGGUGGUAACUCGAAUGGUCAGUGCGGGCGCGACUUGGGCGCCAGCUUGGAUCGCAUGCGACAGCGGGUCGUGUGCCUGCCCACCACCAAACGGCUAAUGCGUUUCGAGACCCAAUGCAUUGAUGUGCCGGUGGAGAUUAAUUUGCCUCGUCCUCGCAUCCGUUUGGACCAGGAGCCAGUGCGCUACUUGAAGGUGAUUCCGCCAUAUCAGCCGCACUUUUUGCAGCAGGCGAAUAUCAGCUUUGAGCAUCGCUACUCACCCGAAACGCUCAACUACAAGUCCAGCACAGAACAGGCGGUCACUGGCCAAGACUCGGAUGACCUGCUGAGCAGCCUGGAGAAUCUGAGCCACAACGAUGCUAGCUACUCAUACAAUGCACAGCAGAUAAUCGAUGGCAACAGCUCGCUGGAGCUGGACUACUCGCCGGAGGAGCAAAGCUAUUUGCCCUUGCCCAACCAGGAGGCGCCGGUAAUGGCCGACAAUGCAGCUCCACUGCUCGGUGAUCGGGAUGAUGCCAGCACCUGUACGCCCAGCUCAGACGCCGGCGAUGCGAACGUAUUGCAAGCUCUGCGCCAUUAUAUACACUACUGCCUGUAUGCCUUCCACGGGCUAUACAACCCGGACAAAAUAGCCGAAUUUUCACGUCCGCUGCGCAACGAAUAUCGCAUUAGGAUCUGUAUGCUCAACUUUCGAUUCGUGGAGGCCUUUCAGCUCUGCCUGCAGAGCUGCGACAGCUCGCAGCGCACUCUCAAGCUAUUUGAGUACUUCAGCAAGGACACGGGCUAUGUGCCCCUGCAUCGAUCCGAUCUCAAGCACCUUAUCUAUCAUAUGUGUGUGCACUUUCUGGAGCAGAAGUUCGAUAUGCUCGAGUGCGAGCGCUACUUCAUGGCCGAUCUGGACUACUAUUUGCUGGAGCUGGCCUACGUAUUCUACUUUAACAACAACAACUCGGCGCUCGAGCAGAAUCUCAAUCAGAAGUUCAAGUCGCUGAUUGCGGCAUCGGAUAGCAAUCAAGCGACGUCGUCGAGUGUGCUGCAGGAUACGGAUGCCAUUUUCGAUAGUUUUACGGUCAAGUUCAAGACGACUCUGUGCCAGCGUCUGCUCAGCUACUGUGAUCAGGAUGCGAGCGGAGGCAGCAAUUAGCAGUGGCUUUGGCUAUGUGGUCACUGGCGACGCUCGAGGGAAUCGCGGUUCUUGCUUUGAAUUUUGUUAACUCUUUGUUUUCCUCCCCACAUUCAACUUUGCCUAAGUUGAAAGUUUAUC